AUGCCAAAGCAAUAUCAAUUAUUUAAAAAAGGGGUGAGGGGUGGACUGGAAGAUAAUACAUUUUUCAUGUUAUGGGACCUUCUAGAGUCCUGGAUUUUUCAAAAUGAUUGGAUGGUAAUCAUCUUCAUGAUUUUUCUAGGCAUUGUUUUUGAGAUAGUAUUCAUAAAAUUUUGUGCAUCCUUUCAGAAGAAGCCUACAUUUCUAGAGAAGGAUAGUCCAGAUAACCAGGAGAAUGAAGACAGAUACCUGAGAAGUGUAAAGUUAGUUCUAGAUAAUUGGUCACUUACUUGUUCAUCUUCUGAAGAAAGACUGGAUACUUUUUCAAAAAGAGCAAUUACUUCAUCAUUUAUAUCUGAAGAAAAUGAAGUUAACUUUGAAGAUAAAGUUUCUUCAUCAGAUGAAAUAAUAUGGUCAGGUAAUAGUGAAAGUGGAUAUCAAGUAAGUCACUUUAGUGAAAGUCAUAUGCCAUCAUCAUGUGAGACUAUCUCAUCUUUGUCAUUAUUUCAUUCAGAAGUAAAGGAACAUUUUCAAAGUCACAGAGAAUAUCUAGAAAAUGAAUAUGAAACAAUGCGAUUUUCAUCAAAGAAAUUAUUUUCAAUAAUGAAAACCAACAAAAAUAAGAACUUAACGUUAUCUUCUGAUCUUAACUUUUCAAGAACUCCUAGAUUAACUGAAGAAAAUGAAGAUCUAGAUGUGGCACCAUGCCCUCCUGCCCACUUGCAUCUUUCCAGAGACCAAAUUAGGCUUCUGGAAGAAAAUGUGAGAAGUCAAAUUCUUUUGAAAUCAAAAGGUGUAUUACAGCAUACUACUUAUUUAUAUACAAGAUCUCAAGAGUCUUUUAUUCAGAAUCAGCAUUUUGUUACAGUGGGUACUUCUGCCCAAGCACAGAAUUCUUUUUGGGGACAAAAUUGUAUUCAGAAUCAAGCCCAACAAUUUGUUCAGAACCAGGAACCAGUCAACAGCAAGCCUACUAUCAAGGUCAGAUACUUUGCUCAGCCUCAAGAUUUGAUAAGGAAACCAUUUUCCAGCAGCAUACAAGACUCCUUCCAGACCCCAAGUAUGGGUAGGAGCCAAUAUUUAGUCACAGUCCCAUAUUCAGUUGAGAAUCAAGAUUCAGUCGAGAGCAUAGAGUCUGAUAAAAAACAUUUAGGAGAGACUCAGUAUUCUAUGUUGUUUGAUGAUUCAAUGAAGAAUAAAUAUUUAAUCAAGGGGCAAAAUACCAUUUUUGAGAAUGCUGAAGUUCUAGUUUUAACCCUAAGUCCAAAUUUAGUUGUUGAUGAGACACCACAACUAAACAGUAUAAAGCCAAAGGGGCAGCAGCAAGUUGCUUCAUCAAAAUCAAACCAGGAUUCUGUAUAUUGCUCAGUGCCUCUUUCACAUACCGUAAAAAGGCAGAAAAACUGGCGAAAAACAUCAGAAUGUAAAAGUAAACUUGGUCACAAAGUUCCAUCUCUAAAGGCAAAGAAAACACCAAUUUCACAGGUAUUUCAAAUCACAGCUUGCCACACCUCAAAAAGUAGCAAGAGAUUAGGCGGUAACAAAAACACUGAGAUGAAGGAAUUAUAUCAAAUUGAAGGUAUAGCAGAUACAGCUUUGCAUCAUAUUUGUGUUUCCAAGCUUAUUCCUCCUUACAUUAAGAAGUAUUUCAGAAAAAAUCUAGUGAAAGCCAUGCCAGAUUUAAUGAAACGUAUACAUUUUCUCUGGAAGCAAAAUAAAUCACCAGAUGCAGAGACAAUAAGUUAUGUAGGUUCUGUUGAGCACAGAGGACACUUGGGCAUUAUUAAAAAUGUAAAGCAGCAUGGCACGGAAACUAAAGGACUGAAAUACAUUUCACCAAAAAUUCUACCUCAACUUAAUCAACCUUUCAAUAUCAACACUUAUCAAUUAAAAGCACCUUGCUGUUCAUUAAUAGAAGCAAACUGGAAGAAUGAAGAGUCUCCUAAAGAUCUAAUUGAUGUUGCAGAUCUUCAAGCCGCAAACAGUAAAACAACAUUUGACCUGCAUAUUCCAAAGUAUGAGACACCUUUCAAAGAACCCACAUCUGAACCUAUGCAGAAAUUUGAUUCCUCUCCCAAAAUGGAGUCGAGCAGAAGCAUGAAAACGUGGGAAGAUCUAAAAAAUACAGAUAAUUCCAACGUUCAGCUUUCAAAAGGGGAGAAGCUACUAAUUAAUACCUCAGAAAUGAAAAGGAGCUUUCCAAAGGAAACUACACAAGAGCACAAAGAUUUUCUACAAAUUGCUGUGGAGACUUCACAUGUUGAUUUGCUCCUUUCACUAAGAACUGAAAAGCAUAAAAGCAGUGACACAUUAGCAUGCAUAAAAGUUCAAGUGGGUACAGAAGAUGUAACUCUGAAGGAAAAGAAACCAUCAGAACUUCUUAACACUACAGACUGUGAUAACCUAAGUCCAAGUAAGGAAAUGAAAUGCCACCCUAGAAGCAACAUGAAAAAUAUAUAUAAACAGAAAGUAUCAGAUACAUUUCGUAAUGCUGCUUAUACUACCAUUUCUGAACCAUCUAAUUUGGAAAUGCACAGCAGAAUAAAAUCGGAGACAGGUACCUCAAGAAUAAUAAAGCUCAGUCUUUCAGCAAGAGAGCAAGAGAAAUCACCAGAUGAAGAGAAAAUAUGGAAUGCAGAAUACAUCGAUGGGGAAUGCAUACAAAACAGAGAGGGAGUUCAACAAGAAGUUUUACAAGAAGCUGGUCCACAGUCAACACAAGAUUUUAAGAGAAGCACCCAUCUAAAGCAGCAGCCUGAAAAUGUCAAAUUUAAAAUGGAGCAGAGCUGUUUAGAAAGGAGAAAAACCCCAAAUAAAGAGCAAGCAGUACAACCACAAACAGUUUUUACAGAAACUAUUUUGGAGACUAUUCCAUGCCCCACAGUGGGUCCAUUUCAAGCUCAGAAGCUGAAGCAAAGCACAAACAGGCAUACAGUGAGAGACAUGGGUCCACUUACACUGCCAGAGAAUUUACCAGCUGAUGAACUUUUAACUGAAACAACAGAGUCUAGUAUCCCAUUUGGUGGAAAGCCUAGAAGGUCACUAGAUGAUUAUAUUGCAGGAAAAAAGGAAAGCUUAAAAAGAGUUUUACCUGACGUUUCUCUAGAGACUUUUAAUAUCCACAUGCUUACUUUAUCACAUUUAAAAAGGCCAAAAUGCAGAAAGAAAUUAUCAGGGAAAAAAGGUGUGUCCAGUCAAAAAUAUGUAAUUAUGAAAGUAAAGAAGCCAGCAAUCUCCCUGAUGCGAUACAUCAAUGGACAUGGUACUCCAUGUCAUAGAAAGAAGUUGGGAUGCAGUUUUAAAAAUAAAAUUAAACAAAUCCUACAAGGUAAAAUCGUGGCAGAUGUGCUUCUAAAUGUCAUUUACCCUGACGUGGCUAUUUUGCCUAAUAUUAGAAUGCAUAGAAGAUUAAAUGCAGGGAAUCAUCGUCAUACCAAGCUAAAGCAAGAAAAAUCACAAGUUGAAAGGAAAGAACGGCCUUCAGAUUCCACUAAUAAGGGAACUGUCUCUAGAGACACACUAGAAACUAAGUUGCAAAAUGAAGUGAACAACGAAACUCUACCAGAAGCAGUUUCUCAUGAUGGCUGCCACCUCAGAUUUGAUGCAUAUCCAGUGAAGGAGCUUAAAACAGAAAAAGAAAUGCAGCAAAAAGACUUAUUCACAGAAACCGUUAUGGAGUCUAUUUACUCUCCUGUAAUGGAUCUGUUUCCUGUUGAGAAUAUGCAGAAUAGCCUAACAGCACCAACAGAUGGAAAAUACACUGAAGAUUCUAAGAUACUUCCUGCAACAUCGGGAAAAUCACUGACUGGAGAGGCUUUAAACCAAACAAGAGAAACUGAUGUUCCAGAUAGUGGGAAUUAUACAAGGGAAAUAGGUUACAACAUUGCAGAAAAAACAGAAUUACCAAAAGAUUUGCCAGCAACUUUCCCAGAGACUUUUAAUUUCUGCAUCCUUGUAUUACCUCAUUCUAAAAGACAAAAGAACAGAAGAAGGUUAGCACACACAAAAUGUACAGUGAGACCCAAAUAUGUACCUAUGAAGGCAAGGAAGCCAUCAAUAUCACAAAUAUUUAAUGUCAUAGCAUCUCAUAACUUUGGUCAUAGAAAGCAAUUGAGGUCCAACUUUAAGACCAAAGCUAAAAAGAUACACCAAGAUAAAGGAUUGGUAGAUGAAUUUCUAAAUACCGUUUCCUGUCUCAUACAUGGCAGAUUAGAAGCAGAGACAAACAGGUGCUGCCAGGCUCAUCUAAAGCAAGGAGAACUAGCAGAUGAAAAGAGACCACAGAAUGCUGGUUCCCCUGAUCAGAGCUGUGUUUCCUACAACAGACAAGACAAAGUGCAAGAUGGAGAGGAAGAAAAACAAAAAGAUUUCCCAGAAGCAGCUCUACAGCAUACCCAACACCACACAUCUGGGGUAUGUCAGAUGAAGGAGAUCCCCUCAGCACCAAACCAUUUAACACAGAAGCUGUCUACUGAUGGGCAAGAUGCACAGCACCAAGCAUGUUUUCCACACGCUGUUUGGGAGGCUAGCUCCAUAAUGGAUCCUAGAGAAGCUGAAAAACAGAAAACCAACAAACCAGAAAAUGAUGUAGAAGCCUAUGCAACUCUAGAGAUUCCACCUCCAAAAGCAGAGGACUCAUCACUCAGUAAGCUUUUGACCACUACGACAGAGUUUAGUUUACCAUCUGAUGGAAAGCCUAAAAGGGAAUUUGAUUCUUCUCUUGUGGAAGAAAAUUCAGAGUUACCAAAAGAUGUGCAGCUGACACCCCUUCAGUCUUCUGAUUCCGUUAAAUCUUUUGUUUCUGAAUCUAAAAGACAGAAGAAGAUAUUGGCCAAUAAGCAAACAACAAGAUGCCAACAUACAACUAUGGAGGCAAAAAAGCCACCAAUCUCUCAUAUGCUUAAUGAAAUAUAUGGCAAGCAAUGCAAUUUUUACAUGAAGGCGAAAGAUCCACCACAAAGCAAAAAUGCAGCUGAUGCACACGUGGAUGUUGUUCACUCUAUGAUGCCUAUUUUGCCCAACAUCAAAGUGAGCAGCAGUUCAAACAAGACAGAAAUGCAAAUGGAACAGAUAAUAAAACCUGGUCGUAUACAACUAAUCCAAGAUAAAUCACCCAAUGAAAGAAACGUAGGGUUCCCAGAUUCUGUUGAUAAGAAUAGUAUAUCCAGCAGUGUAAACUCUGGAAAGGAAGAGGAAGGGAAACACGAAGCUUUAAUGGCUCCAGAGAGUAACCAAUGCUUCAGGUUCAGUACAUAUCAGAAGAAAGAUCAUGACCAAGUCAAAUCAGAUGAGAAACCAAAGCCACUAAGAAGUACCAAUAUUCAGGAACAAACUCGCUCUGCACAAACGAGUUUGGAUUCUCUUCCAGGCCUGAAUAUGAAUCAGUUUCAAUUUGAAAAACUAGAGAAAUGUGCUAGUGCUUCACCUCCAAAGUCAAAAGAGCCAAAGAUUGAUGAAAUUACACUUCCUGCAAGAGAAUGUGGUGCUCAGACUGAUGGAAACCAUCAAAAGAAACAGGAUGGUGGUAUCGAAAAGAAAAAGACAGUGAUUUUUGACACCUGUAUGCCUGCUUUAUCUACAUCCACAAGGGAGAAAAACUUCAAAAAAUUUUCAGACAUGAAAACUUUAGCGAAUCCCAAAUGUGGCAUCAUAAAGGCAAAUAAGCCGCCAAAUUCACACAUGCUCCAUAUCAAGAAUUAUCCUAGCUCAGGCCAUAGGAAAAAAUUGGGAUGUAACUUGGCCACCAAAAUGAAAGAGAUGCAUCAAGAUAAACAAGUGGUGGAUGAAUUAUGCCCUUCUACAACUAUUACACCUGACAUUAAUAUGGAUAGCAAAAUACAAACAGAAAAAGACAGUUUAGGGAAAAAGAAACUCCGUUCUACACAAGUAAAGCAAGAGAUAUCAUCACAUGAAGAAAAUACUGCUUCAGAUGCCACCAAAGAAACCAAUCUUCAAGAUGAAGAAGAAGGGGGAGAAGAGGAAGAAAGUGAACAGGAGGCGUUAUUGAAAGUAAUUCCACAGUACAGUCAACAUUUCAUAUUCUCUUCACAUCAGGGGCAGGGGCUUGACCUUCAUGAAUCAGAAAAACAAGGAAGUAGGAGAAUUCUGUUUGUUACAGAACAAGUUGUACCACAACAAAUGCAGCCUCCAGAUCCAAUGCAGUUUGAGGAGCCAAAGAAAAGGCUGCAGAAACAAAAUGGCACUAUAUGUACAGUGAGUUCCAAGUAUCCUCCCCUAGAGUCAGAGGAAUCAUUAAAAAUUAGUGAAGUAUUAACUGAUACAAUACAAUGUGGUGCCCCAGCUGAUGGAAGCCAUACAGGGGAAUUGCACAAUCCUGGCAAGGAAGAAAGGGCAGAAUUAAAUAAUCUACAAGCAGCUGUGCUGGAAACUCAACGAUCACCACAUGAUGGGUGUAAGGCCAAUUUGACUGAUUUGCAAAGCAGAUCAAGCAACACAAUGAAAAUGAACAUGCACUAUGAAAAGGAAGACAAAAACAUUAAAAAAAUGUUAGCAGAAUCAGUUUCACAUUUCAAUUUCAGUGCAAGUCAAAUGAAAGAUACUGGCAAACCAGUAUCUUUAGAUCUAAAGGCUCCACUUCCAAAAGCAGAGGAAUCAGAGAUGAGUUUAAUGCUAUGUGAUACUCCCUGGGAUGCAAUUCCUAGAAAGAAAUGGGAUAGUCCUACCUCUGAGAAAAGGGAGUUAAAUCAAAAAGACUCAUUAACAACUGUUUUAAAACCUUUAGAUGUCUCCAAACUUGUUUCAUCUGAAGCUAAAAGCCAACGCUUCACAGAGUUUGUAGGCAAGAAAGGUAUAAUGAGUCCCAAGUGUGUAACUUUGAAGGCAAAGAAACUUCCAAUUUCACAGUUAAUUAAUAUCACAAGAUAUCACACAGAAGAGCAUAGGAAGAAAAAGCAGCACAACUUUAAGUUCAAGAAGAAAAAGAGGCAACCAAAUACAAGUGUGGGAGAAGCAUUACUAGGUGCCUCUCAUCCCCCCAUGUUUACGUCGCCUGAUGUGACAGUAGUAAACCUAUCAAAAGCACACACAGACAUUCCUAGAGUAGACAUAUUCCGUGAUCACCAGCUAAUGCAAAAUAAAUCCCCAGAUGAAAGUGAAGCUUGGCCUAAAGAUUCUAUUGAGAAGUGGUGCAUGUCAAAAAUCACAACAGAAGCAAAACUGCAUGAUAAGGAUAAGAAAAAGGACAAAGAAGCAUUAUUGCAUCAGAGCCAAGUUUCAGUACAAAAGCAGAUUGUGAAGGAGAGCAUAAAGGCACAGAAGCUCAUAAAAUGUAGAGAAAAUCGGAACAGUUCAUCUCGAAAACCAGAGAAAUCAGUGUUUGGAGAACUUUUUGUGAGCACAACAGAGUGUGGUACUUCUUGUGAAGAAACCCCUGAGAGGAAUAUGGGUGGUCAGAUUAUAGGAGAAAAGGCUGGGUUUCAAAAAGGUUUACCAGAAACUAUCAUGGAGCUUUUUGAUUUAUCUGUGCCUAUGUUAUCUGAAAAUAAAAAGCCAAGAACUACAGUACAGCUACAAGAUGUGAAAAGCAUUAUGAGUUACAAAUAUUUAACUAUGAAGGCAAAGAAGCUACCAAUUCCACAGUUAUUUGAUAUCACAACAUGUAGUUCUCCGGAACAAAAAUGCAAGUGUAAAUACAACAUGAAACUGGCCUCAGAAGAGAAACAUGAGGCAGAUGCAUUUCUAAAUACCAGGUAUUCUUCCAUGCCUACUCCAUGUGACAUCGAAACAGAUAAGAAAUUAAAAGACGAGGAGGACAUAUUAAGACAAGCAAUCAGUCUUACACAAAUAAAGCAAGAAAAAUCAGAUGACAGGAGCACAUGGGAUACAAAUUCUAGUGACAAAAGAAGGUCCUCAACAGAUACAGUAAAAAAAAAAUUGGAAGAGAAAGAGUACCAAGAAAAUGUACCAAAAGAAAUUUCACCUUAUUUACAAUCAUUCCAGUCUGAUACAUACCAAAUAAAAAAGCCUGAUCUAAUCAAAUCAAAAAAUGAAAUGUACGGGCCAGGAAGAAGAAAAGUUUGGGAUUUUCCUAUGAGAGAACAAGAUACGCAGCAACGAACAUCAUCUCCAGAAACUGUUUUAGGUUCUAGUUCCUGCCACAUAAUAAAUCAAUUUCAAGUUGAGAAGAUGAGGGAAAGCCACCAAAUACAAAAGGACAUACAAGUUGUUGAUACAGCUAAGGUUCCACUACCCAAAUUAGUGAUUGAUAAACUCUCAUUUGAUAAGAUACAGAGGGGCACUGAAUCUAACAGAACACUUCAGAAAAGUCUGGGUGGUUAUAUUGCAGAGGAAAAGACAGAGUUACUAGAACAUUUCGCAACAACUUUCUUGGAGCCUUUGGAUUUCUUCAUGCCUGUUUUAUAUGACUCUGAAAACCAGAUAAACCCAGUAAAAUUCCCAGAAAAGAGACUUAUAUUGAAUCCCAGAUGUAUAACUAUGAAGAAAAAGAAGUCAUCAGUUUCACAGAUUCCUAAAAUCAAUAGACAGUUUCCUAUAAAACAUAGGAAGAAGCUUGAAUCCAAUUUAAAAACCAAAAUGAAAGAGAGGUUGCGAGGUAAAAAUGUGGCUGAUACAUUUCCAAAUACCCUUUACUUCAUACCAGGUACCUGUGCCAUUGAAAAGCAAAGCAGAUUUAAAACAGAGAUAGAUACAACAGGAGUAUCAAGGUUUAGUCAUCUACAACUCCCACAAGUGGAAUCACCAGUUGAAGGAAUAGCCAGACAUUCAGAUACCAUUGUGAAGGGAGGUGCUUCAGACAUUCUCAAGGAAGCAAUACUAUGUGAUGGAGAAAAUAAAGAGAAGCAAGAACAUGUAAUAAACACAGGUCCAGUGUAUACAAAAACCUUCAUGGUAAAUGCAUAUCUCGUUAUGGAUCCCAAUUCUAGCAAAUCAGAAGGUGCCAUUUUAAGCAAAAGUCAGAUCCAUGAAAGGAAUCCAGAAAAAAAAGUAGAAAUAGAAGAAAACAAAGAUGUGAUAGUGAGUCUCAAAAAUGGACUGACAAGCAUGGAAAAAUCAGAAAUUUACACAGAACUCAGUAAACCAACAGGUGAUAGUAAAUCUGGUAAAAAGAUCAUUGAAAAUUCUGUUUUAAAAGAAAAAGCUCAGUACAAUAAUUUAGCAGGAAUUAUCCUAGAUUCUGUUGGCAGGCAUUUGCCCACUUCAGAAAAAAUUAAAAGACAGAAUGAUAGCCUAAAAAUAAGUGGUAUGUCAAGUGCAAGUCCCAAAGGUAUACCUUUGAAGGUAAAUCAAUUACUUAAUACCACAGGUAAUGCUAUUCUAAGCAUUAAUAAGAAACAGGAGCAGAACAUUAAAGCCCAGAAGAUAGAUGUACAGAAAGAUAAAGCUGCAUUCAGUGCAGAGCUAAAUUCUUUAUAUUCUAUGCCUAUUUCACGACACAUAGAAAUGGAGCAAUCACCUAAUACGUGGGAUGUAUAUGCAGUAUCUUCUGAUAGGAGAAAUGCCCCAAAUAAAGCAAAAUCUAGAGAAAAAGAAGAUUAUGAGCACCAAAUUUUGUUUAGAACAGCUUCACAGUAUACCCAGCCAUUUGGUUUGGGGCUAGAUCAAAUAAGAGAGCCUGGACCUUUCAAGUUAGAAGUACCUUUAAUCAACACAGUGUGCCACAAGGACAUCACGCCUCAGAAAACCAAAAUUGGUUUAAGAGAACAAGAAGCAAAGAGAGAAGUUGUAGAUGAGAUUAGUCCAGAGGAUAUGUUUUUCUCUGAGAAAUGUCAACUUCAUAGUGAAAAACAGAACAUGAAAUUUAAAAUGGCAAACUGGAAAACAAUAACAAAUUCAAAGGCGCAUGUUCCAAAGGCAGAUAAAUCUUUAGUUGGUGCACAUUCUAUUAAUAUGGUAGAGUGUGGCAAUUCAUUACAGCACAGAGAAGGAAAAGAACUAGGAGGGCCAGGCCAUCUUGCCCUGCAUGAGAAACAGCAAGAGCCAUGUGUCUCAGGAAGUAUCUGGGGUUCUGUUUAUACUGACACACCUAGAUAUCCUGAAAUUAUAGAACAUAAAGAUAAAACAAAAAUAGCAGAUGUGGAAAACACUAUGCAUGUUAAACAAGAAAAACUGAAGACAAAGAAAGCACCAGUGUCCCAGCUGCUUAAUAUUACCAGGUCCGGUACCAGAAGCAAUGAAAAAGAACUGAGAUAUAACAUUCAACAGGAGAAAACAUUCCAACAGAGGAAAAAUGUAGUAGAUUUAGUUCUGAAAGCUAUUUAUGACUCUGGAUGCAUUACUUCUCACAUUGAAAAGCUCGCAGAAGAAAUAAAAAUGGAGAAAGACAAGCCUAAAGGGGAGGCACUCGUUUUUACACAGCUAAAGCUAGAGAAACCAGGAACUAGAAGGCAAAUGUUAUCUUCAGAAUCUAUUAAUAAGUCCAGCAACAUUAAAAACCUUGAACAAUAUCUGACAGAACAAAAACACCCUUUAGUAGACAAACCCCAACAAUGUGCCCAACUCUUAAAGAUUAGGUCACAACACAUGAAGAGGCGUCAUCGUGUCCGAUUCAAAGUAGGUUUGCUGAGGAAGGUGGGCUCUGAAGCACCUUCACAGAAAGGAAGCUCUGAUUACACUCCACUUGAGAUCCCAAGUAGAAGAGGAGAAAAAGUCUUCUUUAAAGGGCAAGAAGCACAGCAACAGAAUUCUUUUCUGAAGCAAGAAAUUAAGAAACUGGAAAUGAUUCCUGAAACCAGUCCUGAAUCUGUUCCUUGCCUCAUAAAGGAACCUCUUCAUUUCAAAAAGACAGUAGAAGUAGACAGUAGAACAAAACAAGAUUUCAAAAUCUCAAUUCCACAGAAGAAAAAAGGAUUGAAAUUAACUAAUAGCCUAUCAAGUUCAAAAGAACAACAAUUUCUCAUUGCAGGGGUAAAGGCCCAGCAACAGAAGCCUUUCACAGGAGUUAUUCUGGAGCCCAUGUCCUCUUGCACACUGGAUCAACAUUAUACUGAAAAUCCAAAAGAAGAAGCAAAACUAAAAGAUAUGAUUUUAAAGGGUUCAACUCAACAGUUAGAGAAAAUGUCAAAGCAAGCAUGUAUUUCAGGUGUGGAUCAUAGGUCAAGAAGGACAGAAAAACUACUCUUGCUUAUUAAAGAACAGGAGAAGAGGAGGAGAAAAAUUAGAAAGAAGAAAGAAUUUAAAAUAGCAGAAGAUAGGAAACCAAAAGUGAACUUCAGUCCAGUUCUAGAGUAUUCGCCAGCUAGAGCACAACAUAUUAACUCAGUGGAGCAUGUUAGUAUAUUCAAGCAAAGAGAUGGGAAGGAAAUGAACAGGAGCUUGGCCAUGCAAAGGGUACAGCCCAGGUUGUGUGGUCCAGGGAUUAUCCUGGAUUCUGUUCAUACCAGUGUACUUAUUUCUCCUGAAGCUAUAGGCCAUGAAGAUAAAAGUACAGAUACCAUGAAAAGCACCAUGUAUCCGAAGAGAAUAAAAAUGAAGGCAAAGAAAACCCUUGUUUUCCAGCUACUAAAUAUUACAGGAUAUGGAACCCAAAGCAAUAAAAAGGAACUGAGAUGUAACAUUAAGAAACAGAAGAAGGAGUUUCAGCAAGCUGAAAAUGUAGCCAGUUUAAUUCCGAAAACUACUUGUGACUCUGCAUAUAUUCCAUCUCACAUUAUGAAAUUUAUACAAGCAAAAAGGGGAAAAGACAAGACAAGAAAACAGAUACUCAUUCCUGCACAGCUAAACUUGAAGAAAUCACUAAAUGAAAGAAAAAUAUCACCUUUAGAGUCCAUUUAUAAGAUGGAUAUAUCAAGCAAUAUUAAGAAAACAAAAUCACAUAUUAGAAAGCUAAAAGAAAAGCACCAAACUGUUUUACUAGACAUUCUCCCACAAUAUAGAAAUCAGUUAGUGAUUAGCAAACUGAAGAAGGAGUCCAACCAUGUCAAAUUAAAAGUAGAUUUGGAAAGAGAAGUGUAUCCUGAUCUAUCUUCACAAAAAAUGGAAAUCAAUUACACUUCUUUUGACGUGCCAAGAAUUAGAACAAAUGUAGAAUGUGAAGUCUCCGUUAAGCCAAAAGUAAAGGAAGAUGAUGUAGACAUUGCCACACAUUUAUCUUCAAUUCCAUGGGCAAGAUCAGAAAAAACUGGUGUUUUAUUAAGUUCAAAAGUACAGAAUAUGCUUUUUACAGAGAUGGAUACAUCUCAACGUAAGACUUGCAAGGAGCAAGAAUUGCUGAACCAAGAAAGUAUUUCAACAACAAAUCUGAAGGCUGUUACUUGCCCCACUAUGGAACCUCUUCCUUUGGAAAACACUGGACAGAUGACUAAGGAAGAAGACGUGUAUGUUAACAGAAGAAAUAUUUCACAUCUGUUGGGAAGAGAAGGAUUAAAAGACACUGAAAUUUUGCUAGGUUCAAAAGGACAGAAAUUUCUUUGCACAAAUCCUGAAAGGAUUUUGGAUUAUGUAUCUCUCCACGAUAGAGAACCUCUUCAUUUAAAACAGGUAGUAAAUACAAAAGGAAAAGAAAACAUUAGCAUCUCUAUAGAUUUAAAUGUAAAUCCAUGGGGACAAGGAAAAUUAAAAUUAACCAAUAUUCCACUGAAAUCAAAUAGACAGAAAAUGAACUUUUCCAAUGUACUGGGGGCAAAGCAACCAAAUCUUUUUAAAGAAAUUAUUCUGCAAUCAAUUUCCUCUUGCAUAUUGCAUCAGUUUCAUAUGGAAAAGCUAGAGGAAGAAGUAUCAGCAAAAAAAAAGGGUUCAAAAGGUUUGAUUCCAAUGGUAGAAAAAGCACCAGACAAAUUAGGCAUCACAGUGGAUCAACCUACAUGUUCACAAAGAAUUAAUUUGCAUGACAGAGGAAGAGGAGACCAUCAACAAGAAAGUACCUGCAAGACUCAUCCAGUGCCUGUUUCUCCCUCUUCAAUGGAUAUACUUCAUAUUAAAACACCACAGAUAAAGAAAUCAUUAAAGGCAGUAGAUAGUCCAGUGUGUCACACCUCAAAUAUAGAAGGAAUUGGUUUCCUUAUUGCUGGGGAGGAAGAAAAGCAACCAGAAAGUAUACACCAGACUAUUCUAAAGCCACCUUCUCACUCUUCAAUGUAUAGACUUCACAGUCAAACACCAUUUGUAAAGGCAAUAUCAGAAGAAAUAAUUAGCACUGUGGAUCAUACUUUGAGUGCAGAAGGAACUGGCUUGCACUUUAAACAAAAAGUAGAAGAGCAACAAGCAAGUACACAACUGACUUUUGCUAAGCCAGCUUCUCAUUCUCCAAUGGAUAUGCUUCAAAAUCAGACAUCGUGCGGAAAGAUAGCAUCAGAAGAAGUAGUUAGUGUCACAGGUCACACUCUGAAUGCAGAGGGAAUUGGCUUACUUGCUACAGGAAAGAAAGAACAGCAAGAAAAAUAUACAUAUAAGGAUAUUUCAAAUCCUGAAUCUCACUCCAAAUUAGAUCUGCUUGAAAUUAAUAUCCCAAAUCAAGUAAAAUUGGAUAAUAUGAAUGUUAUGUAUUCUGUAUAUUCAAUUACACAGGUUAAAGACGCAUUACAACAAACAGAUGACAUAGAUGUAUAUACUAAACAAAGUAAAACAAGACAAGAGCAAAAACACCAGCAUCUGUCAGGUUUAGGUCAGAGUUUUCUGGAGUAUAUGUCUUACUCUAAAAAUGACUCCUGUACCCUUCAACAUUUAAUGCCUCAAGAAAAGGAAGCACUUCCAAAAGUAGGUAACCAGUCAAGCAGGGCAAAAGAAUUAGGCAUGUUUUGUAAAGAUAAACCAAAUACUGUAUGUGCGUGUAGACUAGAGUGCAUUGACCCCUCAGUUAUCCCAAGGCAAAUUAAAAAACAAAACAAAAUGCUACCUUUAAAGUCAUGCAGUAAAACUGUAAAAUAUCUGAAUGCUUCACCUCUCAAAGGAAGUAAAUCACCAAAUAGGGCACAAGUAAUUAAUUCAAUAACAAAUAAUAGCUCACUCAAGCUAAGAGUUAGAAAGAAGGAGGGAUCAGAUAAUGGAAACCUAAAGACACAAAAUGAAGCAUGUCUGCCGGGAACUCCUCCACAUUCUCUUUAUAUCUCUAUACCUAUUUUGCUUGAAAGUAAAAGACAGAAGGAUAGCAUUAAAAAAGGAGAUAAAGACAUAAUCUGCCCUGAAAGAAGAGCUUUGAAGUCAAAGAAAUCAGUAUUUUCAUAUGUACUCAAUACUACUGACCAUGGUAGCUUAAGCAACAGACCAGAACUUCAGUGGAAUAUAGAGAAAAUAGUAAAUAUGAAACAUAGAAAUGCUGAACCAGAUAUGGUUGUGACAAAGACAUCUGAUUCCAUAUCUUCUUCACCUCACCUCAAGUUGAAUAAAAAGACAGUUGAUGGAGUUAUCUCAAGUAAUGUGAAACAAGAAAAACAAUAUAUUUUCCAGAAAGAAGAGAAGGGUGAAGUAAAAGCAGUUGAUGUGAAAGGGAUAAUGGACCCCCACAUUGUAAUAUUGAAGGUAAAGGAAUCACCACUAUUCAGUAUACUCAAAGGAAGGAAUUUGGUGUUGAACAUUAAAAAACAAGAGAGCAAGGUACAGAAAGGUGACUGUAAAGUGGGUGUAAAACUGAUGGACUUGUGUGCAUCUUUACCAUCUUCAUCACAUCUUAAUUUGAAUUCAAGAAUAAAAGUAGAAAAAGAUAAGCCAGGAAUACUAAGAAACUGCAUUCCACCGCUAAAGCUUCAGGCAUCAUCAAACAUCAGGGAAACGUCAUAUGAAGAGUCAAAUAGAGGCCUUCUAAGCAAUGGAACAAAAUCAGAACAUCUGCCACAGAAAAAGGAAGAUAGAGGAAAUGUAGUAGUAGAUAUAAAAGAUAGAAUGGACCUCAAAUGUAUCCCUUUAAAAGCAAAUAAAACAUUUUUCAAAUAUAUGUUUCAUGGACAGGGAUCACAGUGGAGCAUUAAAGAACAAGAAAAAAUAAUACAAGAAGGUAAUGGUGAUCUAGGUGUAGUUCUGAAUAAACCAUGUGCUUCUAUUCCUUUGCCACCUCAUCUGAAAUGGAGAUCUAGAAUAAAAGGAGAGGAAGAUAUGCAAGGAAUAAGAAGAUUUGGUUCUUCACCACGAACACUACAGAAAUUAUCAGAUCCAGUGAAAACAUAUGAAGAACCAACUGAUGAUCUUUUAAGCCAAAUUAGAAAAGUGAAACAUAUGCCACAGAAAGAUGAAGACAGAGGGAAAAUAGCUCUGGAAGAAAGAACACAUCCUGAAGGAAUAGCUUUGGAAGCAAAGAAAGCUUCAAUUUCAGAGAAAUUGCCUCUAAACAUCAAGGAAAAGGAGAAAGAGGGGCAGGAAGAUAAAGAUAAACAAGUUGAGAUUCAGAGUGAAUCCAUCUCUCUUCCAUCUUACUCUGAAUUAGGCACAGGAAUAGAAAGGGAGAGAGACACAACGAAAAUACAUGAAGACCCAAUCAAUGACCUUUUAAGCCAAAUUAGAAAAGUGAGACAUAUUCCACAGAAAGAUGAAGACAGAGGGAAAAUAGCUUUGCAAGAGAGAACACAUCCCAAAGGAAUAGUUUUGAACGCAAGGAAACCUUCAAUUUUACAGAAAUUGUCACUGAAUAUCAAGGAAAAGGAGAAAGGGGAGCAGGAAGAUAAGCAAGUUGAGGUUCAGAGUGAAUCCAUCUCUCUUCCGUCUUACUCUGAAUUGGACACAGGAAUAAAAGGGGAGAGAGGCAUGCAAGAAAUAACAAGACUUGGUUCUUCACCACGAACACUCCAGGAAGUAUCAGAUACAAUGAAAAUACAUGAAGAGCCAAUCAAUGACCUUUUAAGCCAAAUUAGAACAAUGAGACAUAUACUACAGAAAGACGAGGGUAGAAGAAAAAUAGCUUUGCAAGAAAGAGCACAUCCCAAAAGAAUAGCUUCAAAAGCAAGGAAACUCUCAGUUUCACAGAAAUUGCCACUGAACAUCAAGGAAAAAGAGAAAAGAAUGCAGGAAGAUAAACACGUUGAGAUUCAGAAUAAAUCUUGUGUUUCAAUCUCUCUUCCACCUUACUUUGAAUUGGACACAAGAGUACAAGGACAAGAAGACAUGCUAUUAAAAACACAAUCUUUUUUUCCACAACUAAAUCUCCAAGAGUCAUCAUAUAUAAGGAAAAUAGCAUAUGAAAGAUCUAGUUGUUGUGAUAGCUCAAACAAUGUAAAUAAAGCCAAAGACCAUGUGAUGCAGGAAGAAGUGAGAGUGAAAAUGGCUGAAGUUGUUACUUUAAAGAAAAAUAAAUCACUAAUUCCACAGGAAUUUCAGCCAGACAUCAAAGAGCAAGAGAAAAAUUUACAAAAAGUUCAAGGUAAACCAAGUAUGGUUCUGAAUAAUUCAAGCACUUCCAUAUCUCCCCCAUGUCAUGUAAAAUCAGAUACAAGAAUGAAAAUAGAGGAGAAUAUAAUGGAAGUAAAAAGAUACGCUCUUUCAAAAUUAUCACACAGUAAAUCAUCAGAUGCAGGAAAAAUAGCUAGUAAAGAACCCAUUGAGGAUGAUAUCACUAGUGAUCCACAAAAAGUAAAAAAAUAUAUGCCACAGGAAGAAGAGGAUAAAGUACAGGUAUCAGCCACAGAAGAUAAAAUACAUCUAAAAGAUAAAGAGCUGAAAAUAGAGGAAGCCUUUUCACGGGACCUGUCAUUGAACCUUAAAGAGCAAAGGGAAAUGAAUCAAGACAGUAAAGUUGCACAGGAAAUAGCCUUGACCACAAAUUGGGCUUGUGAAUAUUUUCUAGCUCAUCAUGAGUUGGACAAAGAAAUAGGAAGAGAGAAAGGUAUACAAGGAAUAACGAGAUCUGCUAUUUCACAGCUACAGUUCCAGAAAUCAUUUGAUUUAGGGAAAAUAUCACAUACAAAGUCAAUUGGAAAUGAUAUAUUCCAUGAUGUAAAAACAGUACAACAGUACAAACCACAGAAAGAAGAGGAGAGAGGAAAUAUAGUAAAUACGAAGUACAGAAUGCCCUCCAAAAACACAGCUUCCAAGGCAAAGAAAUUACAACUUCUACAUACACUCAGUAUCACUGGAGGUGCCAUGCCCCAAACUAGAGAAGAUGUACAGAUGGACAUUAAAGAGAAAACAAAAUAUGUAGAGGGAAGAAAAAGUGAACGAGAUGAAGUUUUGACAACACCCUCUCUACCUCACUGUAAAUUAGAAACAGAUAUAGAAAGUAAGAAAGACAGACUAACAGUAGCAAGAUCUUUUCUUUUACCACCAUGUCACAAGGAACCAUCAGAUGUAGGGAGACGGAAAAGUACCAUGUCAACUUUGAAUGCUGUCUUAAGUGAUUUAAAAAGAACAAAAUCCGUGACACAAAAAGAAGAGGAUGAAGUAAAUACUGCUUUUGAGAAAGGCAUGAUGCAUCCUAAAUACAUAGCUUUGAGGGCAAAGAAAUCACCUCUUUCCCAAAUACUCAAUACAAAUAAACUUCAAUUGAAGAUCAAAGAACAAAAGGAAAGGGGGCAGGAAAGUAAAAGUGAAACAGUUGUGAUCCUGAGCAAAACUUGUACUUUUGCAACUUCUUCAACUCACCUAAAAUUAGACACAAUUAAAGGAGAGGAGAAUAAUGUAGGGAUGAUACGAGACUACGUACCACAUCUUGAGCUCCAAGAAUCAUUGACUUCAGGGCAAGUAGAGUCCAAGAGAAAGGAACCACAGUGGAACAAAGAAAGGAAAGUAGAAAAAGAGCUGGAAAGAAAAGGAGAACCUGAUGUGAUUCUGACAAAAAGCCACACUUCUGUGCCUUCUCCAUCUCAAUAUCGAUUGGAUACAAGAAUCAAAGUAGACAAAGACUUGCAUGAAAUUACAAGAUGCUCUCCUUCAGAAUUUAAGACACAUGCAUCAUCAGAUGAAGGGAAAAUCAGAUGUGCAGAGUCAAAUAAAUGUAAUAGCGCACAUAAUGUAAUAAUAAAAGCAAAUCAACACAUGCCACAGACAGAGGCAGAAGAUGGAAAACAAAUGGAAGAUAAGAAAUGUCUAACACUCCCCAAAUCAGUCAUUUUGAAAUCAAAGCCAUCCUUACUUACACAGCUAUUCAAUAGAGAGAAACUAGUUUUGAAUAUUAAAGACCAACGAGAAACAGUUCAGGAAGGCAAAGGUGAACCAGGAAUGGUUCUGAGAAAAACUUAUGCUUCCUUAUCUUCUCCUCCAUCUUACCUUAAAUGGAACACUAGAAUGAAUGAAAAGGAAGGCACACUGGGAACAACACAAUCCUAUUUUCCACCACCAAAGAUUCAAGAUAUAUCAGAUUCAGGCCAAAAAGCAUAUGCUAAGUCAAAUGAUGGUUAUAUGUUAAGCAACAGAAAAGGACCAGUACAAUCUAAAACACAGGAAGAAAAGGAAGAUAAAUUCAAAAUAGAUAUGAAAGACGAACUACUCUCAACAUACAUGGUUUUGAAGGCAAAUAAAUUACAAAGGGGUAUAGAAGAGAAAGAAAGAGAUAUGCAGAAAGACAAAAAUGAACUAGUUGUAGGGCUGAAAACCAUUUGUGAUUCUUUAUAUACUCUACCACAUCUUAAAUUUGAUACAACAGAAGAAGCAUACAUGAUAAGAAUUACAAAAUUGUCUCUUCCACAACUAAAAUCCAAGGAAUCAUCACAUGUGGAGAAAAUAGAAUAUCCAGACACAACUGAUGGAAAACUCUCAAGUAAUGUAAAAGAAUUAAGAGAACAAAUGUUACCGAAAGCGAAAGAAACAACCAUGGAUAUGAAUAGUACAGCAGAUCCCAAGGAUAUGUAUUUAAAGGCAAAGAAAUCACCUAUUUUACAUAUACACAACCUAACUGACCUUCAGUGGAGAACUAAAGCACAAGAGGAAAAGGUCCAAGAAGUUAAAGGUGAUCCACAUGUCAUACUGACUAAAACCUGUGCUUCCAGAUCUUCCCCCCCUCACCUUAAAAUGGAUAACAGAGUCAAAGAAGAAGGCAUGCCAACAUUACCAAGAUCAUUCUCUUUUUCACAAGUCAACAUCCAAGAGUCAUCGGAUUCUGGGGAAGUAGUAUCUACAGAGACACUUAGUAGUGAUAUUUUAAUCAGUCUAAGAAAAGGAAAGCAACAUAUGCCAGAGAAAAAGGAAGAGGAGGGAGUGGAAAUAGUAAAUAUCAUAAUGCUCCCCAAACAUCAAGAAAAGAAGGUACAAAAAUGCAAUGAUGAACCAGCUGUGGUUCUGACUAAACCAUCUACAUCAUUACAAUCUCAAUCUAAUCUCAAAUUGGAUAAAGAGAUACAGGUGGAUGAUGAAAUGCUAGGAAUUACAGGAUCUGUUUUGAAGGCAAUAUCAAAUGCAGGGGAAAUAGUGCAUACAGAAUCAGUUUGUGGUGAUAACCCAAAAGAUAUUAAAGACAGAAAACAACUUAUGCCUCAGAAAGAAGAAAGAGACAGAGAAAAAACAAUAGCUGUAAGAGAAACUAUGCAUCCCACAGAGAUAACUUUGAAAACAAAGAAAACACUUCCUUCAAAUAUACUGCAUAGAACAGAACUGCAUCUGAACAUUAGAAGUCAAAGAGAAAAGGAACAGGAAAGUCAAGCUAAACCACCAUAUAUGCUUGUAAGAAAACUGUAUACUUCUGAACCUUCUCCACCUAACCUUGAAGUGGAUAAAGCUACACAAGUGGAUGAAGAAAUGCUAAAAAUUAAAAAAUCCUCUCUAUUCCCACUACUGCUUUCAGCAUCAUCACAUGCAAAGAAAAUAGUGGGUAUAGAUGCAAUCGAUGGUGAUGUAAGGAAAGAAAAACAUUUGCCACAGAGAGAAGAGUACAAGGUGAAAACAGGAGAUACGAGCAUGAGGGUGCAUUGCAAAUGUGCAAAGAGUUCCCCCAUCUCACAUAUGCUCAAUAUAAGGGAAUUGGUGUUGAAUAUUAGGCAGCCAGAGGGAAAAGGGCAUAAAGGGAAAGAUGAGCCACAUGUGGCUUUGACAAAGACUUUUCUUUCCGUACCAUCUACGCUUGCCCAUUCUGGGGAUUCAGGAACCAAAUUAGACAGAGACACACCAGAAAUUACUGAGUUCGCUCUUCCACAGCAACAUUAUCAGGAAUCAUCAGAUACCCAGAAACUUGCAAAUAGAAAGUCAGUUGAUGAUGAUAGUAAAAAUAGUUUUCAAGAAACAGAACAUUAUAUUCCACAAAAAGACACAGUACAACAAUGUACCUCAAACUUUCUCAUCAGUGUACAGCAAAGGAAGGAAUUUCCUCGAGUCAAAUCAGAAGGAGAUCUAAAUCGGUUAGUUUUAAAUUCACAGGAGGAAGACAUUUAUUUCACAGGAUUUGGUACUGUAAGAAGUAGAAAAAGACUGGAAUGGCUCUUUACAGAGCAAAAGGCUCAGCCAGAAAAAUACAAAACAGAAACAUUUACCACAUUUCUUUCCUACCCCACAAUGGGUCCAACUAAAACUGGAAAUCUGGAGAAAGAAACUGACCUAAUGGAAAACUUAAACCAUAAAAUGCAUUCUAUGGUUUCACAUCCACUGUCAAGAAAAAUAUCCAAGGAAAUGUAUAUCACAUUAGGCACCCCUAGAAUAUCAAAAGGACAAGAUUUGUCUGUUUCAGAGCGAGAUUCCCGGCAACAAGAAACGUUAUCAAAAGCAUCCCCAGAAUCUGAGGAGUCAUGUAAAUUUGUUAAACUAGAAAAAGAUGUACAAAGUAACAAGAAAAUUAGCAAAAUGUUUUCUUCCCAAGUGUUAGCAUUGCAGGCAAAAGAAUCACCAGAGAAAAUUAAUAUCGCAGAGAUGGAUACCCUCCAAAACAUGGGAGAACAAGCAAUCUUCAUGAAAAAGCAAGCAGAGCAGCUAUCUGAGAGUGAACAUGGGUGCAUGCCCAGCUCUAUCCUUUCUCUUAAGUUUUCACUUCAGAAUGGAAAGCAGAAGAUAGUAUUGGAAAUAAAUGUGGACAAGAAAACUACAGUGUCCCCUGGAGUACUAAUACCACCAGAAAUACAGGAUGUUACACAGCUUGAUGCCACGAGAGGGACAAACGAGCAGGCAUUGCUUGUUUCAGAACUAGCAAAAAGCUUUAUAGAGUCACUUCAGAAAUCUCUUGUUCCCCACUUGACUUUUCUACUUCAAUCUAGAGAUCUGGAGGGAAAAAAUGAAAAUGACACAAGUACUACUAUAAAUCUGGAACAGAAAACAUUAGAAAUGGGCAAUAGCAGUACUGUGAAUCAGGAAGAAAAGAAAUUAAAAAUAGAUACAAGCAAAACUGUACAUAUGAAAGAGGAAAAAGUGGAAAUGGCCAAGAACACUGUGAAUCUAAAGGAAAAUAAAAUGAAAAUGGACACAAAUUGUACUGUAAAUGUGGAUGUUCCAGCUCAAAAAGCAGAGGAUUCUCAAAUUGAGACUCAGUCAAUCACUCAUAUCAUGGACAAUUGCCCAAUUGAGCAAAAACAUAAAGAAGUAGAAGUGUCGAUUACAAAGAAAAAUAUUCAGCCACAGAAAUAUUCUCAAAAACCUGUUCUGGAUUCACUUUAUGCCUAUAUUCCUCUUUCUUCCAAAUUUGAAGGCCAGAAAGGUAGAUUAACAAUAUCAGAUUUGAAAAGAAAAUUGAGCCCCCACUGUUUAACUAUGAAUGUCCCAAAUCACCCAAUUUCACAAAUACUUAGUAUCACAGGACGUGGUACCCCAAACAGUAGAAAGAAAUUAGAGUAUAACUUUGACAAGCAAAAGAAAAUGGCUUUGUGGAAUAAAGAUGCCUCAGGAGUACUUAUCAGAAGUCUCUCUAUUUCUAUGAUGAAUCCACCUCACACUGAAGAAGCGGUAGAAUCUGCGACAAACCUUGAAAGACAGUGGAGAAUCUUUCCUUCUAAAUUCCAGGAGAAAUCACCAAAUGCUGGCAGAAUUAUUAAGAGGGCUACCUCAAGCCCUGGAAAAGAAAGGAAACAGAAUUUUACAAAAACAGUCCCAGAAGAUGCUCAGUCAUUCAUGGUUGAUGAACAACAAAUGAAGAAACAGCUUAGUGUUGAAUUAAAAGCAAACCUUAGCAGUGAAAUAAGUAAAACAAAUUUAACUUCACAAACAAAAGAAGUUGUUCCUGGGCGUGAUGCAUCUAAAAUUAUAAAAGAACCUGAAUUGCAUAUCAUUGAUCAAGAAGAAAAUAUACCAGAACUCAUUCUGGAGCCUACAAAGUAUCCAUUUAUGUUUGAUGAUCCAAAGACACCCAAGCAAAGGGAUUCCAGUGAACCAAUAUGGGAUACAACCACCCAAAAGAUGCAACAACAUAAAGCUUUACCAGGAACUAUUCCAAAAUCUAUUUAUGCCCACAUGCCCAUACCACACCAGAUUAAAAGUAAUGAAAUAAAAAUAGUGGCUGAUAAUACAAAUAAAGAAAGUUCCCUUCUUGUUUAUGAAGAAAUUACAAAUGUUCUUGAAUACAAGGACGAAUAUAAUAUGAUGGCUGAGAAGAAUCAAAACGUUAUCAAAGACAAAGUUUCUGCUGAUAAACUGGAGAAAGCGCAAGACCAUAAACCUGAUGACUUGAAGCCACCACCUUUUCCAGAGGGUCCGGAUACAAUAUCAACAACAAUAUAUCCCAAAUUGCAGCCAAAACCCUUUUCAGAUUUUCCUACUGAAAGAAAAAAUAAGCUUACUAGUCACUUAGCAUCAAAAGGACUUGAAAUAAAACUGAAUUUGAUACCGGAAAUAGCACGUAAAUCCUUCCAAAAUUUCAGCAGUUAUCCAAAACAACCUAUUUCAGAAAAAGAUAGCAGUUGGGGGUUGUACCCAAGGUAUAAAACAUCAUGUUUUAUGUCUCUAGAAGGGCUUGAUACUAUAGAACUUAAUUUAAAACAAAACGAUUCACCCAUUGGCUAUAUGAAGACACUGAUUGUUAAUGUUUCAAGCUACAAUGAGGAGAUUAUUGCAAAGUUAAAGAGUACUAAUAAACUAGUAUUAACUGGAAAAUCUUCUAUGACUCCUGCUGAUAAUGAGAUGUCAUUGCCUCGUAUUCUCCAAAACUACUCAGUAGAAGAGAAAGACAAACUUCUCAUGCACCUUUCUAUGAAAACACUGGAGAUUCAAAUGAAAGCAUUUCCCAGAAUUGUAACAGAAUCCUCUAUAGUGGCCAAUGCUCAAGGUAGAAGGAAACCUUUACCAAAAUGUAUUAAUUUUGGUGCCAAAGUUCCAAAACGCAGAAACAGAACUUUGUUAUUUUUUGAGGAAAAAUCUCUUCAUAAAAUAGAUCUUGAUUUACAAUAUAAACAUCUAUGUUUUCUCCUGGGGCUUACUGCAGAUAGUAUGUUUCCUAAACCAAAUGCACUUUCCAAACAUACAUUACACACAAGUACAAUAUGUAAAAAAGUAGACAAUGUUGGAGAAAGUUGUGAUCUUCCUGUUGAUACAGAACUGUUAGAACAACAUAUCUCUUUCAAACAGCAAAGACCUCAUGAAAGCUCAUCACUGAUCAGAAAAUUCCUGGAGCCAACCCAUAAGGGUGCUUCUGACCCUGAUCUACACAGCACAGUGCUAAAAGAUAUUAAUGUUGUUUCAGAAUCAAAACCUCAUGUGACUCCAGAAAAAGAUAAGGAAUGUCAUGUAUGGUUUCAACAAACAAAUACAUAUAAAUCUUUUGACUUAAAGACUCAGGGAAAUAUUAGUUUAACUGAUACACAUUCAAUUCAGAUUUCUCAAGAUACUAGUGAUGUUCAGACAAAUAUUGAAAGGUCAGCUAAGUUAGAGAAUUGUCCAUCUCUUGAAGUAUAUGAGAGUGAGGAAUACAUAUUUUUAGAUGCCAACACUUACUUAAGUCAGGGACCAGAAAGCAUUACAUCUGAAUUACAGGAAGGCGUUCCUUUGAAAAAUAUCUACCAGAUGGAAAAUAUAAAAACUGACUUGAAACAAUUUUACAGGGCAGAUUCAGGUUCCCGUGAUAUUAGAGGUAGAAAAUACACCUUCAUUAUGCCGCCACCUUCCUAUAAACCUCAAAAAGACAAAAAAUAUAGAUCUUCCUCCAAAAUGCAAUCUCCUGAUUGGUUUUGCCAUUGUUCAUUAAAUACUGCAAAAAUUCAAUCUGUGUCAUCUGUAUCAUUCAGUGAAGAGAAACUUUCAUGGAGAAAAACAAGCUACUCUUUAGCUCCCUUAACUGAAUCAAAUAUCAAAUUACAUCUUGCAAAACAUCAAGGCAAACCCCACAUGCAUCUAGGAAGCAGAGAAAACAAAAUGAAGCCAAAGUUUGAUUUAAUGAGAAAGGACAACAUUCAUUUGGACUGUGAUUAUAAUUAUACACCAAGUAAAGAGAAAAGGACAAGCAAAAAGAAAGUACGUAAUUAUGAGUCAGAAAACUCAUCAUGGUAUUUCGAAAGCAGACAUAAGUCAGCAUCAAAACCUCAACAAGAGUAUACCAGCUUCCAUUCUGAAACCAAACCAAAGAAGCCAUUUUUUUAUGCCUGUGUCCCAGCAGAUUCACUGGAGAUCGUUCCCAAAACCAUUCGCUGGACAAUUCCUAUGAAAACCUUAAGAAAGAGAAACUUCAGAAUUCCCCUGGUGGCAAAGAUGUCAAGUUCCUGGAAUAUAUUGCGUUCAUCCAAAAAGUGGCUGGGGCCAUUCUCAGGAUCCUUUAGCUCAAAUCCAGUUCGUCAAAAGUGA